UAACUUCCAAGGAAAUUUGCUAUUGAAUUUUGAACCUUGUAUUUUAAAAACGUUUUGGCCAAUGCCUGAGGAACUCUUGAUUUUAGCUGUUCUAGCAAGCCAAUUGUAAAAUCAAAAUCAGUAUUUAGAAUUUCAGACAGAGAAAACGACUAAAAGAAUUAUUUUGUAUGUAGUCUACGAAAAGGAAAUUUAUCGCAUUAUCGUCUGCUUCUGAAAAUGCAGCUGCAUGAAGGCCAGCAAACACACCAAACUUAGCGGCCGGGCCCCGUGUCUCUGAAGUAACAACAAUGUGGACGAUAGCAUCUUUUGUCGUUUGGUGUCUUCUUGGCGCUUUCAUUUCUGGAUUGAAUGCCACAGUAUUGGACCUGAGCAACAUGCUUUCAGUUACCACAAGUCGGAGCCCGCUAGAUUUUUUAAAUUAUGGAAACUGGUGUGGCCUUGGAGGUAGUGGUUACCCUUUAGACAGCAUUGACAGGUGCUGCAAAAUGCACGAUUUGUGCUACGAAAAUGCCUCCGAUUCUGUGUGUUGGAAUGAAAAGCCACAUCUAGCUACCUAUCGGUGGAAAUCUUACGCUGGUAAAAUACACUGCAAUAGAGGAGAUUAUCCAUGUGGACUGGCUUCCUGCAGAUGUGAUGGUAAAUUCGCAAGCUGUGUGGCUGCUUAUGAGCAUUCUUACAAUCCAGGGUUGAAAAAGGUCAGGCCUCCCCUAUACAAUGCCAUACAAAGAGUGAUUUCGAACUUGAGCAAAAGGAGAAUUGAUGCUCCUUUCAUAUCCAUAAAGUUUGUUUGAGAUUUACCAACACAAAUAUUCAAUAUAAUGAAUAAUUGUGUGUUGAAAAUGAAGAUGCCAAAAUUAGCAUUCAGUUUGACGAUGUAUCAAAAAUUUAAUGUGCAACAGAUGUUAUUAAUCGCACAAAUUGUCCAGAAUGUUUUCUGUUGCAAUAAAAGACGAGACCAGAUCAUGGACAGACUGGUUAUAUUAUAAUUACUAAAAUGUAUAUAGAAGAUCACUUUGUAUAUACAUCAAAGAAUGUUUGAA